CCUCAAAGUCGAAUGAAAUCCCAAAAUUUCCCUCUCUGGGUUUUGUUCCAAAUUCAAACCCGAAUAUGUAUGCAUUAUAUAUAAGCUAAUACCGGUGGCUUCACUCUUUUAAGGUAUUUACAACUAAGCAUUGAUUCAUAGUGAUAGAAGAAAAGGAAGAGUGAAGAAAUGGGAAGCGGGUCAAUCAAAUCGAACCCAACAAGGUCGAGGAAGAGGGUGGAGGCCACGGCGGAGGACUCGGCUGGGCCUUCUCUCCUUCGCGGCAAAGAUGGCAGUGCUUUUGCCAGAUGCGAUGGGUGCCAAAAGAAUGUCCCAGUGGCGCUCAUAAGCUUUCACAAUUGUAGCCUUGAUGCCAAAAUCAAGACCAACCUGGAGGCUCAAGUCGUGGAAAAGCCCAGUGAAGUGACUAAGAAGCCUCCCACAGAGAGGAAGAAAUCGUCACAACCAAAUGCCAAGAGAGCCAAGACUGACAAAGUGAACAAGAGCAAGGAUCCAAAUGCACCCAAGCGCCCCCUCACUGCCUUCUUCCUUUUCAUGAAUGAUUUUAGGAAAGCCUACAAGGAAGCUAAUCCUGAUUCCAAGGGUGUUAAGAUGGUUGCAAAGGAGGGUGGUGAAAAGUGGAAUCUUAUGACUGAUGAGGAGAAGAAGCCUUAUAUGGACAAAGCUGCUGAGCUUAAAGAUGAGUACAAAAAGACCUUAGAGACUGAAGCUGAUGAUGCUGAAGGUGAGGCUGAAGAUGUUUCAGAAAAGCAAGUGCCAGAGAAGGAAGUAGAGGAAGCUUCAGAAAAGGAAGUGGAGGAAGCAUCAGAUGGGGAGUAGUAUAUUUUGUCUUCUUAAGUUUAAUGUCUUCUGUAUUUGAAAAUGAGUAAAAUGCAUGUUUGGGUGCUCGUAAAUUCUUAAGCUAGUAUUGGUCUCCUACUCAAGGGUUAUAUCAUCUAGUCUAGAUAGUUACUUGGGCUGCUCCCUGAAUCAUUUCUGUAGUCACUUGAUUCCUGAAUAUUGCUCAUCUUUUCCAUUGUUUCUUGGCUGCUAAUUUACUAGUUGGCAUUUCAUCCAAUCUCUCUUUGUAUGUAAUGGCAGUUUUGUUAGUCCUAUGCUUUA